AUGGCCGAGGCGCAGGAGCUGCUGCUGCAGCUGCAGAAGGACAACCGCGACGGGAGGCUGCGGAAGCAGGAGCUGGAGGAACUAGUGCGCGGGCUGGAGGCCGAGAGCGAGAGCCUCACCGCUCGCCUGCAGGACCUGAGCGAGCGCGAGCGCGGCCUGCAGCGUCAGCGAAGCCAGGCGGAGCGGGCCCUGCGUGGGGAGGCGCGCGAGGCGGCGCGGGAGCGCGCGGACCGGGCGCGCGGGCUGCUGGAGGCGGCGGAGCAGCGCCAGCGGGACCUGGAGCAGCAGAACCGACAGCUGCAAGAGCAGUGGGAGGAGCUGUCAAGCCAGCUCUUCUACUACGGAGGAGAGCAACUGAGCCAGCAGCGGGCGGAGCAGCAGCUAGGGACCCAACUGGCGGCCCUGCAGAAACAACUGGAGCUGGUGGAGGCCAAGCACACCAUGCAGGCGGAGACCCUGCGGCAGAGCGCACGGCGGAUGGAGGAGGCCUGGGCCAGCUUCCAGGAGCAGAGCGGAGUCUUGCAGGAGUUGCAGGGGAAGGUGAUGGAGGCGGCGGCUGCGCUCGACAGCUCGCGCGGCUGCCCGGAGCCGUGCGACUCACAGCCCCGCCGGGGGCAGGACUGCGCGGGCUCGCUCAUGGAGGAGGUGGCCAAGGCGGACUGUGAGAAGCAGCUGUUCGGCUUGGGUGCGGCGGGCUUCAGGCUGUGGGCGCUGGGCGCGCUGCAGACGCUGCUGCUGCUGCUGCCGCUGGGCGUCGUGGCGCUGCCGCUGCUCUACCUGGCGCUGGUGAACCCCUCGGUCCUGCGCCGCGGCCUCGCGCGCCGGGGCUCGGACGCCGCCCUGCGCCGCCUGCGCUACACGCUGGCCCCACUGCUGCAGCUGCGCGCGCGCGGACUGCUGCCCGCCUAG